GGUACACUUGUCGUAGGUCACGAACCAUGGCAGCCUCGGCAGCACCCAUGGAUAUUGAGGCGUCCAAGAUCAUGGAGGCCAAGGACGUGACGCGGAUCGAGCGGAUCGGGGCGCACUCGCACAUCCGCGGGCUGGGGCUGGACGACUCGCUGGAGGCGCACAAGGUCUCGCACGGGAUGGUGGGCCAGCAGAAGGCGCGGCGUGCAGCGGGCGUGGUUGUGCAGAUGAUUCUCAAGGGAGAGAUUGCCGGGCGGGCAGUGCUGCUGGCCGGUGCACCCGGGACGGGCAAGACUGCGAUUGCCAUGGGCAUGUCGCAGGCGCUCGGGCCGGAGACGCCGUUUACGAUGCUUUCGGGUUCCGAGAUUUUCUCGCUCGAGAUGUCGCGGACGGAGGCGCUGACGCAGGCGUUCCGGCGGUCGAUUGGGGUGCGGAUCAAGGAGGAGACGGUGCUGAUCGAGGGCGAGGUGGUGGAGAUUCUCAUCGACCGGCCGUCGGCUGGCACGGGCGCCAAGGUCGGCAAGCUCACGCUCAAGACGACUGACAUGGAGACGCUGUAUGAUCUCGGGGCCAAGAUGAUCGAGGCGCUGACUAAGGAGAAGGUGCAGGCCGGCGACGUGAUUUCCAUCGACAAGGCGACCGGCAAGGUGACCAAGCUCGGGCGGUCGUUCUCGCGCUCGCGCGACUACGAUGCGAUGGGCACGACGACGCGGUUUGUGCCGACGCCCGAGGGCGAGCUCCAGUCGCGCAAGGAGGUGGUGCACACGGUCUCGCUUCACGACAUCGACGUCAUCAACUCGCGCUCGCAGGGCUUCCUCGCACUCUUUGCCGGCGACACCGGCGAGAUCAAGCCCGAGGUCCGCGACCAGAUCGAUCUCAAGGUUGCCGAGUGGCGCGAGGAGGGCAAGGCCGAGAUUGUGCCGGGCGUCCUGUUCAUCGACGAGGUCCACAUGCUCGACAUCGAGUGCUUCUCCUUCCUCAACCGCGCGCUUGAGAACGAGAUGGCGCCGAUUGUCAUCCUCGCCACCAACCGCGGCAUCACCACCAUCCGCGGGACCGACUACACCUCGCCGCACGGCAUCCCCAUCGACCUCCUCGACCGCCUGCUCAUCAUCUCGACCUCGCCGUACUCGGAGGCCGAGAUCAAGAAGAUCCUCGAGAUCCGCGCCACCGAAGAAGACGUCGACAUGUCGGACACCGCCCUCGACCUGCUCACCCGCAUUGGCCUCGAGACCUCACUCCGCUACGCUAUCCACAUGAUCACUGCCGCCCACCUCGUGGCCGUCAAGCGCCGCGCCACCGAGGUCGACGUCGACGACAUCAAGAAGGUGUACCAGCUGUUCUUUGACGUCAACCGCUCCACCUCGUUCCUCAACGAGUACGAGUCGCAGUUUAUGUUCCACCAGGCGCCGGCUCCGGGUGCUACCGAGGGUCCUGCUGCCAUGGACCUGUAGCAGAGUACAUGCGAUAAAGCACUUGCGCCUGCCUA